CACUAUGAGCCAGCACUAUUCUUGUCAAAACUGAAUCAAAUCGAAUAGAAAUCGACUACCUCUUAACCUUGUACUAUCUUCAUUAAUUAGAUUGACGGAAUUUGAGAAGAUGCCUAAAGCUAAGCAACCUAGAACUCGCCACUUGACCUUCAAUGCUAGUCAUGAACUGAAUGAGGAAGAUCUGUCAUUCCUUAGGGUCGUAUCGAUGGGUAAUCUCCCAAAGGUACGGGAAAUUAUGGAGUCUAGCGAUGAUCCAAAAAAAUUGAUGAACAUGACAGAUUUCAAAGACUGCACAGCGCUCGAAAUUGCGACCGAGGUGGAGCACUCUGAGAUCGUAGAAUACCUGGUGAAAAAUUUCGGUAAACUCAUGGACGAAAUGCACUUCCACGAAUGUCUCAUGCUGGCCAUCAGCAAAGGUUACCUUCGUAUCACUCAAGUUAUCCUUGAUCAUCCUCUUUCCGAUGUUAAACAUAGAGGUACGUGUUCACACCAGGAUAAAUUCUAUUUCUACUCAACGAAAAGCAAUUCAAAGUUUGAUCGUGAUUUGACGCCCCUGAUGCUUGCCGCACAAUGCAAUGAAGUAGAAAUCAUACGACUUUUACUCGCUCGAGGCGAGUACAUUACCGAACCCCACGCUAUCCUAUGUAGCUGUAGAGACUGUCAAGAUGCCAAAGCAAAUGACCCAUUGCUUAGGUCGUUAGCCGGUCUGCACACCUACCAAGCCCUCGCCGGUGAGGCGUAUAUCUGCCUGACGAGCCCCGAUCCAAUACUCACUGCUUUCCUUCUCAGUGAAAAACUCACCAAAUUGGCCUCUAUCGAGAAGGAAUUCAAGAACGAAUACCGUGAGCUUGUGAAGCGAUGUAAACAGUUUGCUUCCGACUUGCUCGACAUGUGCCAGACAACUGCAGAGGUUCAGACUAUACUCAAACAAGAAGCCACAACACAAGGAGAGGUCUAUGCGGCAGAAGGCGCCAAUACCCUCCGGAAGAACAGAGGAGCAAAACCAGAAAUCCCCGGCGACGACUCGGAUUUCUCACUCCCGAGGCUGGAACUGGCUAUCAAAUUUCGCCAAAAGCAAUUCGUAGCCCAUCCUCACUGUCAGCAUCACUUGUCGACAUUAUGGUAUAAAGGUUUUCCCAUUCGGACCCGCCAGUGGCAUCCCCUGGUCAAAUGCUUGGCAACAGUUGUUAUGAUCGCUGCUCUACCAUUCCUUACCCUGGCUUACUGGUUCUUUCCAAAGAGUAAGGUGGGAAAUUUCAUGCGAAGUCCGAGGACCAAGUUCAUGCUACACGCCGCCAUGUAUGUGACAUUCUUGAUCAUCCUUUUCCUUGAGUCAGUGGCCUCUAAAGGAUUCCAAAACAAUUCCCACCAGGAAGACUUCAUCCAAGAAAAUGAAAAUUGUACUUACUUUGCACAAGCCGUCAAGAAUCAAACUUUCCACAAAGAUGAUGAUGUAAGACUUCGACCAAACUGCUUUUCACCGCUUCAGAUUCUGAUCAUCGUUUUUGUGAUGGGUAUGCUCUGGACAGAGAUCAAACAGAUCUUCCGAGAAGGGUAUAAGAUUUAUCUCCAAUCAUUGUGGAACUGGAUCGACAUCGCAAUGCUAAACAUUCUCAUAUCUUCCAUCUUCAUUCGAGCCGUUGUCGUUCACAUGGUCAACGUGUCGAUGGAUUUCUUCGAGGAAAAUGCUGAUGGGUGUAAAGUGGGCGGAAAUUACACUAUCAAAGAAAAUCACCUACGUUGGCUCCUUGCAGGUAUUAUGCAUCUGCGGUUCCUGGCAUGUACGCGCCGUUGGACGGAGCUAGCUCAGGGGCGGGUAGGCUCGGCCGUUGAAGUGCUGCGUUUUGCUGUCUCGCUUGGCACUGUCUUGGAUCGGUCCGGCGUCGCCCUCCUGUCCGGCUUUGCAGGGUUCCCCAUGGCGAUAAUUCUUUUUCGGAGUCCCGAUGCUUAG